AUGGGCUGGUCCGAAAUCGAGGGCGUAGAGGCGGCGGUGAUAGCACAGUUGAUAUCGAUAUAUCAUAUCCAAAUACGCAGGUCUGAUCGAGAAGCCAAGAGGGCCAUCCGUGCCCGCACCAGGGAGCACAUAGAGCGGUUGGACCGCGAGUUAACGGCGCUCAAGCUGAGCCAAAGCUGCGACCAGACCGUCCAAGAGCUAUUGAACCGCAAUAGGGCGCUCGAGGAAGAGCUGAUGCGACUCAAGGAGAAUAUGAGAGUGCAAAUAACCUCAUCACUUUACUCGGCUCCAGGUCUGAAUUCACCCCAGCUCUCGUUGCUCGAGAGUUUCUCAUCAACGUCGACAUUCAACGACAACCUCGGCACUAGUAGCGAUGCCAUUCCUAGCCCUCGUGGAUCACCAUUUCCUAGCGAUUACUACAACUUCCUCCCCGACUACAGCCAACAACACGUCCCCUUAUCCAACAACUGCGAAUCCUUGGCGAGCACCGUCUCCUGCCCCAGCCCCUCCAACGUCUUGACCCCAUCAUCAUCAGCUGACUACAACGCUGGCUAUAUCUCAAUCAGCGUGCUCUCCUCGAUCCUGCCCUCCAACACCAACUCCUCAAGCAGCAGUGUCAUGUUUCACAAGGACGUUGUCGAGAUGGAGUAUAACAACGUGGGCCGUCACAGUAUAAUCCCCCAAGGGCUUCCUCUACCCGACGUUAGCGAGGAAAGUAGUAGCACUCAGAGCCUAGACGCCGGAUUCCAGCUCAAUAAUCCUCUACUGUAGUCCGGCACUCCCCAUUCUCACCGCUACAUAUCGCACCAC